CCCGUGAAGCCGCACGAUGGAUAAGUUCCGGAUGAUAUUCCAGUUCCUGCAAUCUAACCAGGAGUCCUUCAUGAAUGGCAUCUGUGGGAUCAUGGCUCUGGCCAGUGCCCAGAUAUACUCAGCUUUUGACUUUAGCUGCCCCUGCCUGCCUGGGUACAACCUGGCAUACAGCGGGGGUAUCCUUCUGGUGCCCCCCUUGGUGCUCUUCCUGCUGGGACUGGUGAUGAACAACAAUGUCUCCAUGCUGGCUGAGGAGUGGAAGCGGCCCAUCGGCCAGCGGCGUAAGGACCCCGCUGUGCUACGGUAUAUGUUCUGUUCCAUGGCCCAGCGGGCGCUGAUUGCCCCUGUGGUCUGGGUGGCCGUCACCCUGCUGGAUGGCAAAUGCUUCCUGUGUGCCUUCUGUACGGCCGUGCCCGUGGCCACUCUGGGAAAUUCCAGUCAAGUCCCCAGCCUGGCCCAGCAGGAGACAGCCAGGCUGCUGGCUCGAAUCCCCUGCCAGGAGAUCUAUGAUGGCGAGUGGCUGAUUGCCCGAGAAGUGGCGGUCAGAUAUUUGCGCUGCAUCUCCCAGGCUUUGGGCUGGACCUUCGUGCUGUUGACCACACUCCUGGCAUUCAUCGUCCGGGCGGUUCGGCCCUGCUUCACCCAGGCCGCCUUCCUGAAGAGCAAGUACUGGUCCCACUACAUUGACAUUGAGCGCAAACUCUUUGAUGAGACCUGCACUGAACACGCCAAGGCCUUCGCCAAGGUCUGCAUCCAACAAUUCUUCGAAGCCAUGAACCACGACCUGACCUUGGGUCACUCCCAUCCAAAACCAACCAAGGCCUCCGCUGAAGGGGCGGAGGAGGAGCGGGGAAAGCUUCAUGGCAUUACUGACCAGGGUACCAUGAACCAGCUGCUCAAGAGCUGGCAUAAUUGUAAGCCCCCGCUACGGCUGGACCAGGAGGAGCCACUUCUGGAGAACGGGUGGGCAGGUGGGGUGCCUGGGCCUGGCCCAGCCCCUAUCCUGAGGAAGGAGGUGGCCACCUACUUCAGCAAAGUAUGAGGAAGCAAAACCUGGCACUCCGGCAACAAGCUACAGGUUUGCAAGCCACACGCCGGGUUCAGGGCUAGGUUUAUGAGAUGGAGCAGGCAUCUGCUUCAAGGUUCAGGACCACCUUGUUCCCAUCAGCCUCCCAUGCUGCCAACCAGAGAGGCCACUGGGUCUCUUGAGGUCAGCAUCAGCAAAGAUUUAAAAGCACUUUUCAUGAGCCAGGGAACCAUAUUGGGACUACUGCACAAUAAAGAGAAAAUAAGGAUCUUGGAACUGCUGCUGAUGGGCCCUAUUGGUCAAGGGCCCAUGAAGCCCAGGGAACUAGACUACCAGUCUGAA